AUGUCGAAAGCCUCCGAACUCGAAUCCUUGGGGAAUGACCCAAACGCCAGCCCAAUGAUGAUGAACAGUGACACGGAGACCGCCGUCGUGGAAGAAAAUGAGGUCAAGAAAUCUCAGCCGACUCUCCGAGACAAUAUCUUCGCUUUCUGUAUUGUUUUCUGUCAACUGGUUCAAGCUAUACCAUACGGCGCCGGUCUUGUAGCCGCCAUUGGUAUUCCAAAAGAACUGGGAGCACCCGAGAGCAAAAGCGUCUGGAUCGCAGCAUCAUACCCACUAACCCAAGGCGCAUUCGUCCUCAUAGGCGGCCGCAUCGGCGCCGUCCACGGCCACAAAAACACCAUGCUCGUCGGCGCCUGCAUCUACGUCCUCUUCCACCUCAUCACAGGCUUCAUGCGCUCCGCAGACACCGUCAUCGUCAUGCGCGCCCUCAGCGGCGUUGGCGGCGGAAUCAUGGUCCCCAACCUAAUUGCCAUGCUAACGAUUGCUUUCCCACCGGGUCUGAUGCGAAAUAUCUGGGUUGGCAUGUUUGGUGCCAUGGGUCCGGUUGGUGCAGCUGGUGGGACUGUGUUUCCUGGCUUUUUUGGACAAUUGACGGAGUGGUGGUGGCUAUAUUUCUUCUUGGCCAUCUUUGGAGCAGUCGUUUUUGGCGCAAGCUCGUUCGUCUUGCCUCCUGACGGCAGACCUAUGGAUGCAGAUGGAACAGUUGACUAUAUCGGUGCCUAUUUCGGAGUCGCUGGUCUCGUCUUAUUCAAUUUUUCCUGGACAGAAGCAGCUGUUGUCGGCUGGGAACAGCCCUACGUCUACGCCCUUCUCAUAGUCUCCAUCCUACACUUCGUCCUCUUCGUCAUAUGGGAAGGCAGAUUCGCAAAAGAACCCAUUCUCCCCCUCGAUAUCUGGGGCGCUCCCUCAUUCGGACCAAUGGUCUUAUCCGCCUUCAUGUCCUUCAUGGGUGUCGGCAUCUUCCUCUACUACGUCCAAAUCUGGAACAUUUCCAUCCGCCACUAUUCCAACCUCCUCACCGGAGCAGUCAACUCUGCCUUUGCCACCGUGGGAACUUGUGGCUGCUUCGUCAGCGCAAUUGCCCAAACAUACUGGGCUCAGUGCUUUCCGUCAUUCAUCAUUAUGGGGUUCAGCCCCGAUUUCAUCUUUACGGCGACACAGAUCAUCACUAGCAAUAGUGUCCCACGGAAACAUCAAGGAAUUGCUGGGUCAUUGAUGGGUACCAUCCAGAUGUAUGGUCUCAGCACUGGGCUGGGAUUUGCUGGAACGGUUGAACGGUAUACAAACGAUGGUGGCCGUGACCAACUCGGAGGCAUUCGGCAUGCACUUUACCUUACGAUUGGAAUGGCGGGUGCUUCUGCACUGAUAUCUCUGUUCCUUAUUCGAAUCCCGAAGGAUCAGCGUGAUGGAUGGGAUAAGGAGGAUGAAGCAGCAGCGUAG